AUGGCAGCUUUCAUCCACCGCCUGCACCACAACCAGCAUGAAAUGAGACGGUAUUUGGCAGACAGACGAGUUCAUCCCUUGGAUACAUAUACCAAUGCUGAACUUAUCCAACGCUAUCGAUUUGACAGGGAAGGUAUUCUUUCCAUCACCAAUCUCAUCUACGAUGACAUUGCCCCUAGAGCGAAUCGAAACUUUCCUAUUGAACCCAUAGAUAAGAUAUGCACAGCUUUGCAUUUCUAUGCCACUGGCUGUUUCCAGCGGACUGAUGGCGACACACUUUGUAUCUCUCAACCAUCUGUGUCAAAGAUAAUCACGCAGGUUACCGACGCCUUACUGACCAAACUGCAUCAAUUCGUGCAUCUGCCAAAUGAUGUGGAAAGGCGGCAAAACAUGGACAGAUUUUUUGGUAUCGCUAACUUUCCUGGCAUUGUUGGCCUUAUUGACGGCACCCACGUGAGGAUACAAGGACCAACGGAGAACGAAGAUCAGUACGUCAACAGAAAGAGGUACCACAGCAUCAAUGUUCAAAUAGUGGUAGACGCAAGUUAUAGGAUCAUCAAGAUAGAUGCCCAGUGGCCUGGCAGUGUACACAAUUCACGUAUUUUGAGAGAGAGUGGACUGGGUGAGAUCCUCAACAAUGGAGACGGUCAUCUAUUGGGAGACAGUGGGUAUCCUUCUCGACGACGGUUGGUCACUCCAUUUCUCAGGCCACAGACUCCUGCUGAGGAGCGGUUCAACAGGGCUCACAAGCUUACUUGA